AUUCUGCGACGCUAGUUUAAGCGUUCAUGGAAACGUGACAGCAAAGUUUGUGCAGUAUUGCCAUCAGGUUUGGAUGAGUGAAUAUUAGAAGAACUUGGCGUGUUAUCGGGAAAAACAUCAUUGUGGAAGCCAAAAUGGCUUCGUCAAUGCCACAGAAGCGUUACUACAGACAGCGAGCACAUUCAAAUCCGAUGGCACAUCAUACAUUUGAUUAUCCUGUGUCUCCUGAGGAGAUGGAAUGGCACACGCUAUAUCCACAGUUUUUCACGGGGGUGCAGUCGCCUCAAGAAACUCCACAAGUUGAGUUUGCAGACAUUGGAUGUGGAUACGGGGGACUUUUGGUGGAGUUAUCUCCACUUUUCCCAGAUAAACUUAUGCUGGGAUUGGAGAUCAGGGUGAAGGUGUCCGAUUAUGUCCAGGAUCGUAUUAAGUCAUUGCGUGAGACCAAUCCAGGAAACUACCAGAAUAUUGCCUGCCUUCGCAGCAACGCCAUGAAGUAUCUUCCCAACUUUUUCAAGAAAGGACAGCUCUGUAAGAUGUUCUUCCUAUUCCCGGACCCUCAUUUUAAGAAGACCAAGCACAAAUGGAGGAUCAUCAGUCCCACGUUGUUGGCAGAGUAUGCCUACACACUGAGAAUCGGCGGUUUAGUCUACACCAUCACAGAUGUGGAGGAGGUCCACCUUUGGAUGGUGAAGCACUUCAGUGAACAUCCGUUAUUUACACAGGUCCCCGAUGAAGAGCUGGUAGAUGAUGUCAUCAUUCCUCGCUUGGGUAUUUGCACAGAGGAGGGAAAGAAAGUGCAGCGCAACAAAGGGCAAAAUUUUCGGGCUAUUUUCCGGAGGAUUGAAGAUCCAAAUGCAGAAAAAAAUAUCUAGGACAUUUCAUAGAAACCGAAGAACAGAUGCUUGCUCCGUUCUUGGUACAACAUGGAGGAUUAAGCAGCUUUGCUGAUUUGACAGGUGGAUGUUUUCUCCAUUACAAUAUCAUGUGUAUUUUUAGGGUCUAACCUUGAGUUUCUUUCUCUGAAUGUUUGUUUUUUUAAUUUUAAAUGUUUCCUGUAAAUCAUGAUGCAAAACCCAAUACCUUUAUCAUUGUCGUACCCUUAUCAUACAGUGAUAA